AUGAAAACAUGAAAAACAUGGAAAGAGCAUUUUAACUCUUGAAAAUCAAGUGAUUGAUUAAAAGCAGUUUAAAGACAAUGAGAGAGAUCUUUGAAAUUCUAAACCUUUAAAUAAGUGAAUAUUAAAGUUAUGUUAAAGUGUUUAUAAACGUGUACUUUGCUUAAUGCCGGUUAAUAUUUUCUGAGGCGAUAUAUCCUUGCUAGGACGUGAUAAACAGUCCAGCUCCAGGACGAAGAAAGACCUACUAGGACGUUAUUCUAGGACGGAUAAAAUGCGGCGACGGACUAGAAUGCAGAUUCUAAGUUUAGCUUAUAUCCUGGUAGGACUAGAGACUGCAGGAGCUAAUGCUCCGACAUACAAGGAGAUGGAUCCUAUGCUUCAAGAAGAAUACUGCAAGAAUUUCACUUACGGGAACCCGCAGGGUUUGGAGUUUUUCUCUCCAGGAUAUCCUAGAAACUAUCCGUCCGGGAUAAAAUGCUUCAGAACUCUGAAUGCUGAUUAUGGAUACUUUGUUAAAGUGGACUUCAGAGAUUCGUUCCACAUAGAACCACCUUCCAACGAGAUGAAAUGUGAUUAUGAUUACUUGGAGAUACGGGACGGAGAACAGGGAUACUCCCCCCUCAUUGGAAAAUAUUGUGGGAAUCUAUUUCCCCCGGUUAUUACAAGCAGUGGACGCUCACUUUGGCUCAGAUUUGUGUCUGAUGGAACUAUUGAAUACUCUGGCUUCAAGGCAGUGUACACCUAUAUUCCGAACCCAUUGGAGACUUUACCAUUUAUUCCUAAAUGCGAGUUUGAAGUCGGAGGCUCUCAGGACUUUAUAGGUACAGCCAACAUAUCGCAGGAGCAGAGGGAUUUUGCGAGUAAAUAUUCUGUACCUCUAGACUGUACCUGGAUCAUCAGAGCUCAACAGAAUAAAGUUAUUUAUAUUCAGUUCACGAACUAUGAGCUCCGGGAACCUAAUGAUUGUAAUUUCAACUUUAUUCAAAUAUUUGACGGUAAAACUGAUGAAGAGCACAGACAGAAAACAUUCUGUGGAUCAGUAGCUGAGCCAGUCACUAGUAAGAGUGAUGUUCUAUAUAUCAGAUUCUACGCGGAUGGGAAGGGAAGGUCGUCUGCGUUUAGCGGCGUGUUUACAGCAAUAAGAGACCUGGCGACCGACGACCUGGAUGCCUGUCCAAAUGGAGAGUAUGACUGCGACGACGCGACGUGUAUCAGCGAUGAUCUUAUCUGUAACAGUGUCAGAAACUGCAAAUUUGGUUGGGAUGAAGAGAAUUGUUCAGUUGAGGGUUCAGCUAUACCUCUAGACUUCUCAGAAACUCAUGUCAUUCUCAUCCUCAUCAUCCUCAUCCUCAUCAUGCUAGGAAUGUGUACCGGUAUGAUCUAUAACUUGGUGAGGAAGCUAACUGAGGACAAGGAGGAUAUCCUGGCAUCCAGGGAGAAAUCCCUCGCCUCCCUCGCCAUGGGUGGCCUGGGGGAGAGUUUCCCAGAUAUACCCAGUCCGGCCAAGUCCCGAGCAUCCCGUACAACCUCAACUGGAGAUUGCAACGGUUGCUAUGUACCUCCUCCUCCAGAUGGAGGUUUCCCAUUUGGCAGCAAAUUUUAGCUGACCGCGGUGGUGACACUUGAACUGCAGAAUCCACGUGUGUCACCGCAGGAAAGUUAGCAGUGGUUUGCGUGAGGGACACCACCGCGGGAGAAGUAGCAGUGUUAGCAAUAAAUUCACGUGUUCGCGCCAUAUUGAAUGAAACUGUCGUGAUAGUUAUAAUAUUUAAAGAAUGUAUCACCUAUCAAGUACAUACAUUGAUUUUUUUACCGUUUUUCAGCUUGGUUUUAUGGGUUUGUAAAGAGUGCAAUUCUAGACAGUUGUUUUUUAAUGUGAACUGAAAUGCAAUAAUUCUUAAAGAUCUAUGAAACAUGAACUUCUGAAGUGAUCUUAAAGGUUUUUUAAAUAUACCAUUAAAACAAUUUUAUUAAACUUAACCUAAAAGUUUUGCAUAUAGUUAAACCCUAAAAGUCUUACAUCGAAAGAAUUUAUCAAAUGUCGUCUUGACAAUUUUUCAAUGGGUUUUAUACUAUUUUACGUAAAUCUCAGUAUUUGCGAAAUAAAUAAAUAGCCAUGAAUAUGCGGGCACUGUUUUAAAGAUCUCCAUAUCAUCAUUGAAUUAAAAAACUAAAUAUCUGCAACAUUCCAUUUUCAGAAAGUGAAGAAUCUGACAUUUAAUGAAUUAUUUCAAUGUAUAGCUUAUUUAGGGUUUAAAUGUAUUUUAAAUUUAAUAUUUUUCACCGCAGAUAUUUUCCGUUUAUUAGCAACAUCAAAACUAGUUUUCUAUGCUUUUAAUUGUCGAUCUAAGAAAAAGUGGAUUGAAUAAACAGAGAACCCCUUAAAAGUACCAUUUUUUCUAGUUUAGUUAUAACCCGCCAUAUUUGCAUAAGAUGUUGUUUUUCUUGUCGUUCUCAAAAUAAUGUGGAAUAAAACUACAUUCAGAUUUUUAGUUAUUUUUGAAGAAAAAAAACCUUACUGAAAAUUAACAUAGAAAGAAUUCAGGUGGUUUUCCUGUUAAAUUUUUUUCUGUGUACCAGUUACCACAGCUCGACUGUAUUAUUAUGAACCCUGAUUUUCGUUUUACCAAAACUCAAAACUAACUAUGUAUUAGUACCCUUAAACUGUAGUACACUGAGUAAACUAGCUAUAAGUACCCAUAAACUUUAGUACACUGAGAAAACUAGCUAUUAGUACCCUUAAACUGUAUAGUACACUGAGAAAAAUCUACCUUUUAUUGUUGAUGUACAUUUUCCUUUAUAUUGUGUUAGUUUUUACAGGGUUACCCACCAAGGAUGAGACUUCAGGGACAGUUGUACGGAAUUUGUACUGUUCGUUUUCUUAUUUUCCUGAUUUCCUGCGACUAUAAACUUGUUUCUUUCUUUGCAAAUCAUUAUAUAAACCAUUACAAGACUGCACUUAAUUUAACCUUGGAAUCGUCAUAUUUAAAGAGUUUCUGGUCUCAUCCUUUGUGGGUAAUCUUGUACAGUCCAUGUGAUGUACACUGUACACGGAUGCUAACAUGUGCACUGUACAUAUGCUAACAUGUACACUGUACAGAUACUAAUAUAUCAUACACUGUGCAGAUGCUAACAUGUACACUGUACAGAUGCUAAUAUGUACACUGUACAGAUGAUAAUAUGUCCACUGUACAGAUGCUAAUAUCUGCACUGUACAGAUGCUAAUAUGUCCACUGUACAGAUGAUAAUAUGUACUAAUGUAAGAAUGUUGUAAGACGACAUUACUUGGCUGUAAUAAAGCUAUUUAUAAGAACA